AAGACUUGGUCUCCGAUCGAUCGGACAUCAGUCGCUGCUCAUCGGCUCUCAAGGCGUUUUUUUUGGAAUUGGUAUCAUCGCAUCAAGUGGAUUAGUAGUCAGCAUGAAGGUCUUCGUUUGCAUGUGUGCUCUGUUCGCUGUGGCCAACGCUGGCUUCCUGGGUCUCCUUGGAGGAGGCGGUGGUGGUGGUGGCGGCGGCGGUGGACCUAGCCUGAAGGCGGGCAUCAGCCUGGGCGGCAAUGGAGGAGGAGGCGGUGGCUACGGAGGUGGUGGCUACGGAGGUGGUGGCCAUGGGCACGGAGGCCAUGGACCUAGUGGCCCCGUCCAGGUGGUUAAGGUGAUCCACCAGCAGGGCGGCGGCGGCUCCGGCGGCGUCGGCUACUCCUCCGGCGCCUCUUAUGGCGGCGGCUACUCCUACGAAGCUGCUCCUCAGGUCUACAAGGUGAAGGUCAUCUCUGGCGGCAGCAGCGGCGGUAGCUACGAACACGCACCCCCACCCGCCCCCGUGAAGGUCAUCAAGAUCCUGCAGGAAUCCGCCCCGCUGGUCGAGAGUGCUCCCCAAAUUGUCAAGGUGGUGAAUGUGCACUCCGGACACGUGGCUGGACCCUCCUUCAUCGGUGGCGGCUCCUCAUCGGGCGGCGGUGCCGUAUCUCAGGUCAUCAAGGUCGUCCACGAGAGCCACGACAGCGGUGUCUCAUCGGGAGGCUACUCUUCGGGUGGCUACUCUUCCGGAGGCUACUCUUCCGGAGGCUACUCCUCGGGUGGUGCCACCAAGGUAGUGCGUGUGAUCCAUGAGCAUUCCGCUGCCGGUCCAGCCUAUGGUCCUGCCCCUACGCCCAUCGAUCUGCCCGCUCCAGUGUACUCAGCUCCAGUUCCUGCUCCAGUGUACUCAGCUCCAGCUGCUGCUCCAGUUUAUGCCGCUCCAGCGCCAGCUCCAGUGUACUCAGCUCCAGCUCCUGCUCCAGUUUAUGCCGCACCUGUUCCAGCUCCAGUUUAUGCCGCACCUGUUCCAGCUCCAGUUUAUGCCGCACCUGUUCCAGCUCCAGUUUAUGCCGCUCCAGCGCCAGCUCCAGCUCCCGUCCUUAGUGUCCCCCAUCCUGCUCCAGCACCUCUUUUCGCUCCCGAGGAGCAGUCCCUGCCCAUCGGCCACGCCCCCGCCCAGACCUACGGCCCACCAGCGUACUAGGCUCACCAAAAGUCACCAUCCACUUGGAGGACCUUCCUGCUAACUACAUAGAGAGCAUAUUACCAUUCCUACACAACGCCAUGAGUUAAUUUAAGACAUUUUUUUUACCACAUUUUUUUGUUAGAAAAUACAUAGACAAUUCCAAAAAAAGAAA